AUGAAGUCAAUCCUCAUGCACUCCCUCACGAUACAAAAGCUGGGCAUGAGGCUGGUGUGGAAGUUCCUGAACGACCGCGAGGGGUGGAAGUUUCGCCGAGGCCGGGGGCUGGAGCCUUCUUUCCUCUACUACCAGACGGACCGGCCUAUGGUGACGUUCCCCAACCAGGGGGAGAGAGAGAAAGAGGAGGAGAGGGAGAGCGACGAGGACGAGGGGGUGCAGGACAACGCGGCACUAUCAUCUUCGAUACCCAACCGGCGAGGCAAAGGCAAGCAGAAGGCGGCGGCGGCGGCGGCGACUGCGGCGAAGAAGAAGAAAACGGUAUCGUUCACCUCCAAGGCGACGCCAACAGCACCUGCAGCGGCAGGAGGAGGGGCGGCAACGGGGCGCGGAAAGGGGCGUCCCGCUCCCGCCGCCGGUGGGAGGGGGAGGGCACGCGCCAAGGAAGCAGAGGAGGAGGAGGGCGGGGUCGACGACGACGAGACGGAGUUCGUCGCGCCCCCGCACAUCCCUGGCGUAGCCGGGAGAGGGAGAGUGUGCACCGUUUGCCUGGGUCCGGGCGGAGGGAAGAAGGGUGGAGGCGAGGCUUUGCUGGAGUGUCGAGGUUCCAACCGCACCUGCAAGACGCUGGUACACAAGAACUGCUACCCCGUGGCCGUGAAAACCAUCGACGGCCGCAGCGGCAUGUUCGUGUGCAACGCGUGCGAGAGGGACAAGUCGUCCGGCGGGGUCCGCCCCGAGGAGCGCGGGUGCGUCAUCUGCCGCCAGACCCAAGGGGUGGAGGCGUACGCCAUGGUGCCGACGAAGGAGGGAGGCUUCGUGCACUUCCUCUGCUUCAAGAAGGUCGUCCCCGAUGCCGAGAGCCACUGGAAGUUCGAAAACGGCAAGUACGUUCCUCCGCCCGGCGUGCCUGAGGCCCUCGCUCGCGCCAAGGCCAAGAGGCGGUGCAGCGAGUGCAAGCGCACGGGCGGGGUGGUGAAGACCUGCGAGCGCCAGGACUGUCGGACAAGGUUUCACCCGCUGUGCGGAGCGGUUCUUACGGCCGAGACGCAGUCGAGCAGCGAGGGCAAGGACUGGAAGGGCCUUGGCGCGGACAUGACCAUCCAGUGCGACGAGCACAAGCACAAGGCGGACGAGCCCUGCGCAAAGUGCGGUGGAAUCGACGGCGAGUUGGUGGGCUGUGCCAGGUGCCCGACCUACUACCACAAGGACUGUCAUGACCCCCCAAUCCCCGACGAUACGGGCGAGAAAUGGUGGUGCGCUACGUGUACGGCGGCUUUGGCCAUGGGCGGGGGGGAGUCUUCGGAAGACGACGAGGAGCAGGGUGAGGAGGAAGAGGAGGAGCAGCAGGAGCAGCAACAAGAGGGGGUGCAGGAAGAGGAGGAGGAUGAUGACCCGGAGCCCCCCACUCCCGGUAGCCCGGAGCAUAUCGGUUGGAUGAAGAGGAUGCAGAAGAAGAUGGAGGCAGUGAAAUCCGCUUUCAUGGGGAAGGGGAAGGCCCCGAAGGCGACCCCCACCGGGGGGAGAGGAGGAGGAGGAAAGGCCGCCAAGGCGAAACCCGCGGCCACCGCCGCAGCGGCGACGAAACCCGGCUACGGCCACGCCGAGCCCGAAGCCCUGCGCUAA